AAUGAUCAAUUCGUUUCUCAAUAAUGGGCAAAUUUGCAUUGUUGUUGUUCUUCGUGGGCAUUACAGCUGCUGAAUUAGUCUCGAGUUCUCAUUUCAAUUAUUCAGAUGAACAAAUCGCAUUCGAAACAAUGAAAUUCGAUACGGGCGGCCUUACUCGCGAAAGCUUUCCAAAAGGGUUUAUAUUCGGAACUGCAACCUCUGCUUAUCAAGUCGAAGGAAUGACCGACAAAGGCGGUCGGGGUCCAUGCAUUUGGGACACAUUUGUGAAGCAGCCAAGAAUUAUGCAGAACGGUGCAAAUGCUGACAUUGCAGUAGAUCAAUAUCAUCGAUACAAGGAGGAUAUCGAUAUACUCGCUAAGUUAAACUUUGACGCUUAUCGAUUCUCAAUUUCCUGGUCGAGAAUAUUUCCAAAUGGUACAGGGAAGGUCAAUGAAGAGGGAGUUGCUUACUAUAAUAGGUUAAUUGAUUAUUUGCUUCAAAAAGGAAUCAUUCCCUACGCAAAUCUUUAUCACUACGAUCUUCCUCAAGCUCUCGAAGAUAGAUAUUUGGGUUGGCUAGAUCAUCAAGUAGUGACUGAUUAUGCUAAUUAUGCUGAUUUUUGCUUUAAAACAUUUGGAGACCGAGUAAAGAAUUGGAUUACUUUCAAUGAACCCAAAGUGAUUGCUGAAUAUGGAUAUUAUAAUGGGUUACAUGCUCCGGGGAGGUGCUCUAAAUUUUAUGGAAAUUGUUCAGCCGGAAAUUCUGCAACUGAAUCUUACAUUGUUGGUCACAAUUUGUUAUUGUCUCACGCGACUGCAGUGCAAAGAUAUCGAGAAAAAUAUCGAGAUGAACAAAAGGGGAGGAUUGGAAUGGUAAUGGAUUUUCAUUGGUAUCAACCACUUACAAGAGGAAAAGCAGACAAUUACGCAGCGCAAAGAGCUAGAGAUUUUCAUCUCGGAUGGUUUCUUCAUCCAAUAAGUUAUGGGGAAUAUCCAAGGACAAUGAUAGAAAUUGUUGGUGAUCGACUACCUAAGUUUACCGAGGGGGAAAGGAAACUGGUGCAAGGAUCUAGCGAUUUUGUGGGGAUUAACCAUUAUACAUCGUUUUUAAUAUAUUAUGAUCCUAAGUUGCCUGAACCAGAAGUGGCCAGCUAUCAGUCUGAUUGGCAUGCUUCAUUUGCUGAUGACAAAUUGGGAGUUCCACUCGGUCCUAAGGCGAAUUCGGAUUGGCUACGUAUAGUGCCAUCUGGCAUGUAUAAGUCUAUGAUGUAUGUAAAAAAGCGAUAUGGACAACAUACAAUUAUCUUAUCAGAGAAUGGAAUGGAUGAUCCGGGAAAUUGGACACUUCCUCAGGGAUUACGUGAUUACAAUAGGAUUAAUUACUUCAAGUCUUAUAUAAGUGAAUUGAAGAGAUCCAUUGACGACGGGGCGAACGUGGAAGGCUACUUUGCUUGGUCAUUAGUCGACAACUUUGAGUGGAGAUCCGCUUACACUUCUAGAUUUGGCAUCACCUAUAUUGAUUAUAAGACACUCGCACGUUAUCCGAAGAUGUCGGCAUAUUGGUUUAGACAAUUGUGUAGAAAGAUCAAGAAGAAUUAGUGGUGGACACGAGAAAAUUAUGUUGGAGCAAUAAAAAACAAUUAGUAUUUGUUCUAUCUUCUUUCCUCUUGUUAUCAAUAAUAAUGCUCUUCAUGUUUACCCAAAAACAGGGCAAUUGGAACAGGGCAAUGGGCCUAUGUUUUUUUUAUUGGGUUAAAACCUAC